AUGGCUUCUCCCAGGCUGAUUCUUUGGGCCUUGUUUAGCCUUCAUUUUCCAGUGUUGUCUGAUGGGAAGGAAAGGGAAGAACCAAGUUUGGAGAGAAGUGUGGUGAGGAAUGAGGAGGGAGUGAUUGAGGUCGGUUCUAGCUUACCUCACUGUGUGAAACUGGCAGCCGGUGAGCCUCUGGCCCUGCAAUCGGGAGGCGAUGUUGUGAUCGGAGGGCUUUUCCCUCUGCAUUAUGUGGCUCCUAAGCAAGACCAAAGUUACCAAAGCAAACCUCAGCUCAAACCUUGCAGAGGCUUUGACCACAGAGCCUUCCGCUGGAUAAUGACCAUGGUGUUUGCAGUGGAGGAAAUAAACCGUAAUUUGAGCCUGUUACCAGGGGUUCAUUUAGGCUAUAGGAUUAUGGACAGCUGUGACCAUGUCCAGACCGGCCUGAAAGCUCUUUUGUCUUUAGUCAGGGAGACAAUAGAUAGGAGUACACAGUCUCAAACUUUGCCCACAUGUCUGGCUGACUCUCCUGUGCCGGCUGUGAUUGGCCUUGCAUCCUCUUCCCCUACAAGAGCUGUAGCUCACACCCUUGGCCCUUUUAACUUCCCACUGGUGAGUUAUUUUGCCACUUGUACCUGUCUCACUGACAAGUCUAAGUACCCAUCAUUCUUGCGGACUGUGCCGAGUGAUCUCUUUCAAGUUAGAGGUCUUGUUCAGAUGGUCACCUACUUAGGCUGGUUCUGGGUGGGCACAAUAGGGACCACGGAUGACUACAGUCACUAUGCUAUCCAAGAAUUUUCCAGCCAGUUUAGACAACAAGGUGGGUGUCUGGCAUUUCAUCUAACCACCCCGAAAUCACCCACAGCGGGAGAGAUACAAGAAAUGGCAGACAGGAUACAGAGUUCAACCGCAGUGGUAGUGGUAGUGUUUGCCACAGAGGGGCAGCUGCUGGACUUGAUCUUAGAGCUGGCUCAGAGAAAUGCGACAGGAAUCCAGUGGGUAGCUAGUGAAGCCUGGGUGACCGCUAGCCUGCUGACCUCACCCCGCUUCCACUCUCUCUUAGAGGGCACGCUGGGCUUCUCCUUCCCCGGAGUCAGGAUCCCAGGCUUGAAAGAGUUCUUGUUGAAUAUCCGCCCUUCUCCAAAACCUGGGAUGGCAUUUGUCAACAUGUUCUGGGAAGAGCUGUUUAGAUGCAGGCUAGAGUUUAAAGGAAACCAAUCAGCUGAUGCAAACUAUAAAGGUGCUGCUGAAAAGCCUGUAUGCACUGGUUCAGAGGAUGUGAAGGACAUUGACAGCAGCUUUACUGUUGUAUCUCAGGUCAGAGUAUCCUAUAAUGUUUAUAAAGCUGUAUAUGCCAUCGCCCAUGCUCUUCACACUUUAUUAAACUGUGAUUCUGGAGAACAUUACGGAAGGUGUGAGAAUCGUAAAACAUUCACUUCUAGGCAGUUGCUGCAACAUCUGAAGAAAGUGAAUUUCACCAACCAGUUUGAGGAGAAGAUUUCUUUUGACUCCAACGGAGAGCCGGUCCCUCUCUAUGACAUCAUUAACUGGCAGAAGGACAGCAAGGGAGAAAUUAGAUUUAUAAAAGUGGGAAGCUAUGAUGGUUCCGCUCCAUUGAAAGAACAGUUGCAGAUAAAGCAGAGCACCAUUGUGUGGACAAGUGGACAGUCAGAGGUGCCUGCAUCUCAGUGUAGUUCUCCAUGCUCUCCUGGCAGCAGACAGGCCAGACGUCCAGGAGAGCCCCACUGCUGCUUUGAUUGUUUGCCCUGUGCAGAUGGAGAGAUCAGCAACCAGACUGGUUCCACUGAGUGCACAAAAUGUGCUGAAUACUACUGGUCAGACAGAGACCAGGUGAAAUGUGUGGCUGGGGUCGAAGAAUUCCUGUCUUUCCACGACAUCAUGGGCAUCAUCCUGGUCACACUCACACUGCUGGGUGUUGUCCUGACAACCAUCGUCACUGCUGUCUUUCAACGUUUCCGUUCCACACCGAUCGUCAAAGCCAACAACGCAGAAAUAAGCUUCCUGCUUCUCCUGUCGCUCAAGCUGUGCUUCUUGUGUUCCCUGGUGUUCAUUGGCCAGCCAUCUGUGUGGACAUGUAGGCUCCGCCAGGCAUUAUUCGGGGUUAGCUUUGUCCUCUGUCUUUCCUGCCUCCUCGUUAAGACCAUAGUUGUUCUCUUGGCUUUUCAUGCUAAUGCACCUGGUUCGAGGGCCCUGAAGCAGUUUGGUCUCUCUCAACAGCGGACCUUGAUCCUCUGUACUACAGCUCCUCAGAUUAUUCUCUGUGCCGGUUGUCUUUUGGGUGCACCUCCUUUCCCAUUCAAGAACCCAAACUACCAUGCCUCAACUGGAAAAAUUGUUGUGGAGUGUAAGGAACCAUGGCCUCCUGGAUUUUAUCUGGUCCUGGGCUACAUUGGUCUACUGGCCUUCGUCUGCCUCAUCCUGGCGUUCCUUGGACGCAAGCUACCCGAUACCUUCAAUGAGGCAAAGCUCAUCACCUUCAGCAUGCUGAUCUUCUGGGCUGUUUGGAUCUCUUUCAUCCCAGCUUAUGUCAGCUCUCCUGGAAAGUUCACUGUGGCUGUGGAAGUAUUUGCUAUAUUAGCCUCCAGUUUUGGACUGUUACUAUGUAUUUUUGUGCCAAAAUGUUAUAUAAUAUUACUGCGGCCUCAAAGAAACAUUAAGAAAGGGAUGACGAGAAAAUAUCUCACAUGA